UUAUCUGCAGCGUCUGCCUCCAUUUACACUUCCGCGUCAAAAUGGUGAGGUGCUUUGCGCUUAUUUUGCUGAUUGCGGCUGUAACCAGCGCGAUUGACCUUGAGAAUACCCAGUAUCUCAUCACAUCGCCUUAUCAAUAUUAUCUUGGUCAGAAUGAAACAAUCAACGUUCAAAUUUUUGGAACAAAACCUUGUGCAGUGAAAGUUACACUUAAAUCCAGAUAUAAUUCUCGGUUAUUCGUCUCAGUGAAUGGUACCUUUGCGCCAGGAGAACGGGGAAAGCUCGCAAUUCAUAUACCAACGUACUUUGUAACAACAACUCGUCGCUAUUACUAUCGAUACAAUUUUAAACUUCAAGCAAAUGUUUGUGGUAAAAAUUCGGAUGAAGUUGACGUGAUAGUUACACAAAGGAAUAACGACGAUGCUGUUUUUAUACAAACCGAUAAGCCAAUCUAUAAACCAGGACAAAAAAUUCGCAUGAGAAUCAUUGUACUUGACAGAAAAUUGAAACCAAAAGAAGGGAAGAUCGACAGCGUUCGUAUGAGCGUCUCUUCUACGAGAAUCAACCAGUGGGAUAAUGUGGAACUCCAGGAUGGUAUUGCUAGUCUUGAACUUCAGUUAUCCAAGGAGCCUGUUUUGGGACAAUAUCAUAUCAACGCGUUUGUUGGCAAAAAAAUAACAUCACAAAGAAUUGAAGUUUCUAAAUAUGUUUUACCAAAAUACGAAGUAAAUAUCAAACUUCCAAAAUAUAUGGCUUUGGAUCAGAAAGAAUUUACAACUACAAUUUGCGCUAAGUAUACAUACGGGAAAAACGUGAAAGGAAUGUUAACUGCUCAGCUGUGUCUGAAGCAUUCAUCUUAUGAUUCAUGGCGGAGUACUAGAAAAAGUGUUAGUUUCACAAGAUGCGAAAAUAUCACAAAGGAGAUCGAUGGCUGCACAGAUAUUACACUGUCACGAGAGGCAUUAAAUAUGGGAGAAAUUAUUAGUAUUUAUGGAUCACAAUUUGUCGUCGAUAGUCGGGUUACUGAAACCCUAACCGGGGUGACAUUAAAAAAGAGAGCUGUGACAAGAAACUUCAAGAGACGCUCACUUCAAAUGUCGUUUGCUGGAACUUCGAAUAAAUUUAAGCCGGGUCUACCUUUCUCAUAUGUGCUAAAAGUUACACGUCCAGAUAACUCGCCAGCGACGGGAGCCAACGUUCGCGUUACAAUCGCUCGCGGCUGGUACUCAGGUGCUCUGUUCUAUAACAAAACAUUCGUCGUCACCAAUGGCUUGAUCACAGACUCCAUCAAUGACGCAACUUACAAUGCCAAAAGUUUGGUUUUCGAGGCAAAACUUCUAGACAAAAAUCCGUAUCCAGUGAAAAUUAGAAACUAUUACUACUAUAAUAAUAUGAGAGCAUCGCAUUCCGCCAGACCCUGGUAUUCUCCAAGCUUCAGUUACCUUGAAAUACUUAAGAAGAAGACUCCAGCUAUGAUCGGCAGCGAGGCUUCUCUGACGGUACGAUACACAGCACGUAACGACACUGGCAAGGAAGUAGAUUUUUAUUACACUGUAAUGUGUAAGGGCGAAUUUGUGAAAACGGGAAAACACACACAGCAUCAUGAUUUCAUCGUGGUCGAGGAACCAACUACCACAGCAAGAACAACCACUACUGCUGCACCAACAAACAAAACCGCGAACAAUGGUACAAUCGUACCCGUUUUAGAAAAAUUGAUCCUCGUUGGUCCACGAUGGGGAGGAUGGAGACCCCGACCUGACCCAGUUAAAAAAUUGGAUACAAGGCCACGAGUUGAAAAAUUUGAUAUUGAAUUCCCAGUGACAAUGAAAAUGGUGCCUUCCUGUCGGAUUAUGGUGUAUUACGUGAGAGAAGACAAGGAAGUUGUUGCUGAUAGCGUGGAGUUCGAUGUAGAAGAUAGACUGGAAAACCAGGUGUCGGUGAGUUUUGCGGAGAAGGAACAGAAACCAGGAGAAAAAACGAAGCUGAUAUUGAAGGCUUCGCCCGGAUCACGUGUGGCGUUUGUGGCCGUGGACAAGAGCAUUCACAUUUUGAAAUCUGGGAACGAGUUAACAAAGGAUAAGAUCCGUCCAUACCUACGCGAGCAGCGAAGCAGAGCAUGGUCUUCUAACCCAAAAUGUGACUAUUGGCGACCCUGGGGGAGACGAAAACGUGGUAUUGCGCCGUGGUGGGGAGAUAGAACAGACUACGAAGACGCAUCUGCGGCCUUUGAUGCGGCUGGUCUGGUUUUCCUAUCAAAUCUACACAUUUUUACUAAACCAUGUCCAAGAGGUUAUCCAGUCUUUGACGAUUCUGGUGAAGCGCGAAAUGUUGAGGUAUCGCGGGAGGAAAGCACUGGCGGUAUACCUGGUGUACAAGGUCCGCAAAAUGAAGCUGAACCGCAAGUGAUUCCUGAACACAUGAACAGACGAAGGAAACAAAACACGGUCAAAAUUCGCAAAGAGUUCCCAGAGACAUGGUUAUGGUCGGAUGAGAAACUCGACGAAUCCGGAAACAAGACAAUCGAAGUAACUGUGCCAGGUACAAUCACAAGUUGGGUGGCAAAUGGUUUCGCUAUUUCCUCGAAGACAGGCAUCGGCGUUUCAGAAACUACGACACUGAAAGCUUUCCAACCGUUCUUUGUUUCAAUGACACUACCGUACUCCGUCAUCCGCGGAGAAGAGAUUCCAGUAAUCGUAACAGUGUUUAAUUAUCUGCCCAGUUGCGCUGCGAUCAAGUUAGAAUUGAGCCACAAGCAGGCCGACUACAAAGUGACGUCGUAUCAUAUCAACAAACUCUGCGUUUGUGGCAGCGAAGGAAAGUCAGUGAAGUUUACCAUCAUUCCUACUAACCUCGGACACAUUCCUCUCACGGUCACGGCAACUACGUCAUCUGCUAAACUCUGUUCUAAUAACACAAUUAAUAUUCCAGUCCAGGAUGCCGUUACACGAAAACUACUUGUCGAGGCUGAAGGCAUCCGCAAGGAGUUCACUCAGGGAACAUUCUUCUGCCCAGGAAACCAGGAAUACAAGGAGGAGUUUGAUCUCAGGGUACCUGCGAAUUACGUACCAGGGUCAAUAUACCCGACAGUGACUAUUAUAGGUGACAUCAUGGGACCUGCAAUGACGAAUCUAGAGGACCUAUUGCGCAUGCCCUAUGGCUGUGGCGAACAAAAUAUGGCAAAUUUCGCACCCAAUAUCUACAUCAUGGAUUACUUGACUCAGACCAACCAAGCGACAGAAAGAAUCAAGAGUACAGCGGAAAACUUUAUGAAAGUUGGUUAUCAACGAGAAUUGACUUACAAAAGAAAAAGCGGCUCGUACAGUGCGUUUGGCGACUCUGACAGUCAAGGAAGUAUGAUGUUGACCGCGUUUGUAGUUCGAUCAUUUGCCCGAGCGAAAAGAUACAUUUUUGUUGAUCAUUCCCAAGUUGAACACAGUUUCAGAUGGUUCCGCAGCAAACAAUUGGAUAACGGAUGUUUCCCACAGUACGGAAAAGUUUUUAAUAGAAGACUACAGGGAGGCGUGAACAGCGAACUUACAAUCACAGCAUAUGUCACCACGGCUCUUUUGGAAGCUGGAGAAACAACAAAUAGCACCAUGGUGUCCAAAGCUCUCCAGUGUAUCGUAGAUCGACUUGAUUCGAUCACGGAUACUUAUUCAACUGCCCUUGUGACGUACACCUUGACUUUAGCAAACCAUACUGACGCACAGAGGAUGCUCAGAAUGUUGAAAAAUAAGGCAACCAAGCAAGAGGAUCAAAUGUACUGGGCUAAUGGAAACAAACCUACACCGAAGCCAAGAUAUUACUAUUAUCAUUCAGCAGCCGACGUAGAAAUGACAGCGUAUGCCUUACUUUCAAUUUUACACCAAAUGCCAACUGAUGAAGGCGUAGUAAAUAAUGAAAUUAUGGCCAUUAUUCGCUGGUUAUCAAGACAAAGAAAUUCCCGAGGCGGAUUCUCUUCAACCCAGGACACUUGUGUUGCCUUGCAAGCGUUGGCCGAGUUUGCAGGAAGAGCUUAUGGAGAUAGCGCUGAUUUUAAUACAAGUCAGUUAACAGGAUCUUUAAAGAUGGGUAAUUACUACAACCACAAUUUCGCAGUAACAAUGGCGAAUAAACUGACAUUACAAACUGUCGAGCUCCCUCAGAAGAUCAUUCCCGGUAAAUUGGAAGUAACGGGUCAGGGCGUUGGUUGUGCUUUGUUACAGGCGUCAGUGAAGUAUAAUGUUCCAGAACCGGAAGAAGAUCCAGCAUUUGAUAUUAAAGUUGAUGUUCGUAGGAGACGCUCAGCUCCUGAGGAAGAAGCGAGUCAGUGCAGCCCAUUAAAACUGGAAAUCACUACAAAGUGGCUCAAGGAGGAUGCUUCCAACAUGGCAGUGGUGGAUAUUAAGCUUGUUACUGGAUUUAGUGUGAGAGAAGAGUCUUUAAAAAAUCUAAGGAAUGAUCUGACGCUGAAUUUCAAACGUUACGACAUUGAUGGACAGAACGUACAGCUUUAUUUCGAUGAGAUCAAGGAUAUUACUUUCUCUAUUGACAUCCAUCAAGACACACUUGUGAAGAAACUGAAACCAGCCGUUGUCAAAGUCUACGAUUACUAUGAACCAGAAAGCCAAGCUAAAGUGAUGUACAGAAUUGGUGAGGCUGAAUGCUAUGGCAACAGAGUUGGUGCAGAGUGCCCAAGAUGUGUGGCUUUAGAGAAUCUGGAUGCUAUAGUUGGAUGCAACAGCACCGUGACAAGAAUGAAAUCCGCGCAAGGCAUGCUCAGAGUUGUCAAAGCAUUUUCCGAGGACUCGAAGAAGAAAGGCAAGCGCAUUAUGAAAAAAAAUCUGGAGUAUCGCAUUCCAGAAUUCUGUCCAUGCGAUGAGAUCUACGACAAGGAACGAUCCAUUGUGAUUGGUCAAAACAGUUACUUCCAAGACGACGGCCGUAAGAUCACGGUCGUGCUGAAUUCUGGGACGACAAUCUACAAGUACACUGGAAAGGUGAUGAAGCCUCAAAUAAGAAAGAUCAAGAGACAGCUCGCAGCUUGUAAACGCACGGCCCGCAAAAGAGGAAAUUAAAGUAACCACAGGAUUUUGAUACCAAACGUAAACUAUUAUUGUUUUGUUGCAACAUGCACGGUUAUAUCGUUGAAUCAGUUUGUAAUUUUUUAUUUCUAUUCUUUUCAAUGGCAAUGCAAUAAAUAAUCUAUAUUUGUAUACCCACUAUACCGUAACUAUUGAUGCAGUGUUUGUAAUAUCAUUAAAACCCGGGACAAAAUCAA